AUGAGCUUUUCCAAUUCCCGCCUGAAAGGCUUUGGUUUCGGUAAACGCAAGUCAACUGCCAGCAUCCAAACGCCCGAUCCGAACCAGACACCAAGCCCGACCCCUCCUCCCCAAGGCCACUCGUCCGGCGCCCCUCAAAUACCGCAGCAGAUUCCUCGUCCCGGCUCCAUCGCCUCUACCUCGUCCGCCUCUAUCGCUCCCAUGAACCACCCAGGCGCCGGCAACCGCCCACCGAGCUAUUCGGCCAACUACCCUCCCGGCGGUCCUCCUCCUAUCGGCCGCACAAGCCCGUUGACAAACCAAGGCCCGACGAGAACCCCGCCCAGCCAGAUGAUUGGCGGCCCUCCUCCCAUCAACACCGGCGCUCCUGUCGCCGGCUAUCCUCCUCAGCUUCCUCCCGUCGGUGGUCAAGGACAUCCCAUGGGCGGUCCUCCUCAGUACGGCGGCGGCCAACAGGGUUAUCCUCCUCCUGGUCCUCCUCAGGGCCCGCCUGGAGGUCCUAUGGCGCAAUACCAGCGAGGCGGCAGCGCGGCCGAGGUCGAGGGAAACAGCAGGAGCAAGGCUCAGCUGAUCGUUGGUAUCGACUUCGGCACGACCUUCUCUGGUGUGGCGUUCGCCUUCGCCACCAACAACGAGGCAAAGGAAGAUAUUAUCACGGAAUGGCCCGGUGCUGGAUCGUACACAAAGCAAAAGAUCCCCACCGUCCUCUACUACGAUCAGUACCAGAAGGUUGUUGGCUGGGGUCCCGAUAUCGCCGAUGCCCUUGCGCCUACUGGAUACCCCAAGCCCGGCGUGCAAAAGGUCGAGUGGUUCAAGCUGCAGCUGAUGCUCUCCGGCAACACAUAUAUCGACCCCAUCAACCUGCCUCCCCUGCCUCCUGGCAAGUCCGAGAUCGAUGUCGCCGCCGACUACCUUUUCAAGCUCCGCCAAGCUAUGCGCUCGGCGCUGCAGAAGACCCUCGGCGAGGUGUUCAACCGUGAGGAGAGGAACAUCCGGUACUACCUGACAGUCCCGGCUAUUUGGAACGAUGCUGGCAAGGCUGCCACCAGAGCCGCGGCCAUCCAGGCCGGUUUCCUCAGGGACGAGAACGACAACCGCCUGACACUGGUCUCAGAGCCCGAAGCGGCAGCUAUUUUCUGCUCCAAGACGGGUCUCCUCAACCUCAAGGUGCAUGACGCCGUUCUCAUUGUCGAUUGUGGUGGUGGUACCGUCGAUUUGAUCGCCUACGAAGUCGAGGACGAGAACCCGUUUACGGUGGCCGAGUGCACAGCUGGAUCUGGUGACUCUUGCGGUUCGACAGCGCUGAACCGCAACUUCAGCAACAUCCUGCGCACCAAGAUCCGCAAGAUGAAGCUUCCUGACGGAUCCAAGACGGCCGGUCGUGUGUACGCCAAGUGCAUCAUGGACUUCGAGAACCGUAUCAAGGCCGACUUCCGUAAUAACGGACAGAAGUGGGCUGUCGACGUUGGUAUCGAGGCCGAGUUCCCCGAGGCCGGCAUCGAGGAAGGCUACAUGACCUUCACCAACGAGGAGAUUUUGCAGUGCUUCGAGCCCGUGGUGAACCGCAUCUUGGAGCUUGUUCGCAACCAGAUCAUCGCCAUCCAGGCCCAGAACCGAACACUACAGAACAUUCUUGUUGUCGGUGGUUUCGGUGCUUCCGAGUACCUCUUCCAGCAGAUCAAGCUCCAUGUUCCUCCCCAAUUCCAGUCCAAGGUCGUGCGACCCAUGGACUCCGUCGCAGCUAUCGUCAAGGGUGCUGUAACUGCCGGUAUCACCGAGCGAGUUGUCACACACCGUGUUGCUCGUCGCCACUACCUCAUGGCUACUCUCCAGCCCUUCAAGGAGGGUUACCACCCCGAGGCUUACCGUGUGCCGUCCCUUGACGGUAAGGACCGUUGCAAGUUCACGCGACAAAUCUUUGUGCAAAAGGGCCAGAAGGUCAAGAUUGGCGAGCCCGUCAAGGUUUCCUUCUUCAGACAGGUUGCUCCCGGUGCCACCCUUAUGUACGAGGAUAUUCUCUACGCUUGCGAUGACGACGUGUGCCCCGAAUACACCAAGGAUCCUCGCAUCAAGGAAGUUGUCACCCUCACCUCAGACCUGUCGCGGAAGAACCUCGAGAAGGAUUUCGAGAGAAUGGACACGCCACAGGGCACUUUCUACCGUGUCUACUUCGAUAUCUACCUGACUCUCGACGGAUCCGAGUUCAGCGCAGAACUUGUUUGCCAGGGUGAGGUUAUGGGCCGUUGCAGAGCGCGCUUCAGUCGGAAUCUCUUUGUUGCCCUAGUCCUCGCUUCACAGCUACCGGCCACCAAUGCCAUUGUCUUCCCGAGCACCCACCCGAACUACAAGACCGACUAUCUCUCAUUGAAUAAACGCUACAACCCCGCCAGACGUGGUCCGCCCGAGGAUUGGAAUGGAAGGAUACCUCUGAAGAUCACCAACUCGUGUCACGAGCCGAUCUGGCCCGGCAUCACCACACAACACGGCGUCGGCCCCGGAACCGGCGGGUUCGAGCUCGCCGGAGGUGAGAGCCGAGACUUGUGGGUAGGACCGACAUGGCAAGGUCGCGCUUGGGGAAGGACGAACUGUACCGUCAACGGGGAGUCGGCCGGUUGCACAACGGGCGAUUGCUUCGGGAAGCUUGACUGCGAGUUCAGUGGCGCCGUUCCUGCAACGCUUGCUGAGUUCAACCUGGCCGGAGGUGUUUCUGGCAGACAGACUUUCUACGACAUCUCCCUCGUCGACGGCUACAACAUCCCUGUGGGCAUCAACUACAUCCCGGCUAAAAACACAACAUACAUCCCGCCCAACUUGACCAACUGUGCCUGCAUCGCUACGGCUGGACUCUUGUCAGAGCGAUCGGCCACCGGCAGCCUCUACACGAACACGAGCUUUCCCGUACCCUGGGAAUCGCUUGAGACGAAUAAGAGCGCGCGAGACUGGUGUCCGUGGCCGCUCCUCUCCAUGCCUCCCGAAAAGCCCGGUGAUGGCGUUUACCCCUACCCGGACGACAACGUCAAGCGUCCCGACUUCAGCCCCUGCAAGAGCCAAUGUGCCGCUACGAAUUCGGACCACGAUUGCUGCAUCGGAAAGUGGCACGAUCCCAACAAGUGCAAGCCCGGCUUGUACUCCAAGAACGCCAAGUCCAUCUGCCCCGAUGCCUACAGCUUCGCCUUCGACGACCAAACGUCUACCUUCAUCAUCCCGUCCGGCGGCGGCUGGGAGGUCGUAUUUUGUCCAGCGGGCAGGAGCACUAACAUUCUCCGCACCAUGGGACCCCAACUUUUCGAGCUCGCGAGUGCCGGAUCCCUGAGCCAGAAGAACUUGGAUCUGGUUAAGAACCUCUCCUACAUAGAGUCGCAGAGUGAGAAGAGCACCGCUCCGGGUUUGGCUUCCGCGUCGGUGUGGGCGGUUUGCUCGGCCGCUGCCGUUGCUCUGCUGAUGGCUUGGUGA